CCCUCUCUCAUGUGACAUUAAGGCAAAGGCUGUCUAAAUUCAUAAUUCUAAGUCCUUUCCAAUUGCAUCUCUCUCUCUCUCUGUCUUCUCCCCAUUUUUAUUUUUACCCUUUUUGUUUCUCCCCCUUCAAUCUCUCUGCCCUACUGUCACUUCCCUACUCUUUCAAUUGCCAUUUCCGUUCUUCAACUUCUCUUCUUCGAUUUCUUUUCUCUUUUCUAAUUUUUGAAUUUUCAUUUUCCGUAGACUAUCUUUUGAUUGUUUUUGGUUUGGACUUUUCCCCCAUGCCUGGGGUUUAAUUGCCAGAAAGUAUUAGGGAUUUUGUUCUUUUUUUUUUCCGUUGCCUAAAUCUCGGCCUGGCUAUGAAUUCGUGAAUUUUGGGGUUAAUUCCGGAGGUUUUGGCUGUGAUCGGACCUUCCAAUUCUAAGAUCUKCUCUGGUUCGGCGGUCAAUUUUGAUCUGGUUAGUGUUUUAUUCAACAACGGGUUUGGAUCCGAUCGAGGAAGAAACAGCGCCAUCCGAUGGCGCUGUUCAGAAGGUUAUUUUACAGGAAGCCGCCGGAUCGGCUUCUUGAGAUCUCCGAGAGGGUCUAUGUGUUUGAUUGUUGCUUCUCCACGGAAGUGUUGGAAGAAGAAGAAUAUAAGGUCUACUUGGAUGGCAUUGUAGCACAGUUGCAGAGCUACUUUCCUGAUGCUUCUUUCAUGGUUUUCAACUUCAGAGAAGGUGAUAGGCGAAGCCAAGUUUCUGACAUAUUAACUCAGUAUGACAUGACAGUUAUGGAUUAUCCUCGGCAAUAUGAGGGGUGUCCUUUACUGCCAUUGGAGAUGAUUCACCACUUCCUUCGAUCUAGUGAAAGCUGGUUGUCACUGGAGGGUCAACAGAACGUGCUACUGAUGCAUUGUGAAAGAGGAGGAUGGCCUGUUCUUGCAUUCAUGCUAGCUGGUCUUCUGUUGUACAGGAAACAAUACAGUGGGGAGCAGAAGACUCUUGAAAUGGUCUACAAGCAAGCUCCUAAGGAACUUCUCCAUCUUCUCUCUCCUUUAAACCCUCAACCUUCCCACCUGAGAUAUCUUCAAUACAUUUCCAGGAGAAAUUUAGGUUCUGACUGGCCUCCAUCUGAUACACCUCUAGUUUUGGAUUGUAUAAUACUUAGAGUUCUACCUCUCUUUGAUGGGGGAAAAGGUUGUAGGCCUGUUGUGCGUGUUUAUGGGCAAGACCCCUCAACACCAGCCAACAGAACUUCAAAGCUUUUAUUUUCAACACCAGUCAAGAAGAAACAUAUCCGCAACUACUUACAGGCAGAGUGUAUGCUGGUGAAAAUUGACAUUCAUUGCCGUGUUCAAGGGGACGUGGUUCUUGAAUGUAUCCAUUUGGAUGAGGAUCUAGUACACGAGGAGAUGGUGUUUAGAGUUAUGUUUCACACAACAUUUGUUAGAUCAAACAUUAUGAUUCUGAGCCGUGAUGAAGUUGAUGUUUUAUGGGAUGCGAGGGACCAGUUCCCUAAGGACUUCAGAGUUGAGGCACUCUUUUUGGAUGCUGAUGCUGUUGUCCACGAUCUCACCACAGCCUUCGAUGAUGAAGAUGCAAAUGAAACAGGAGCUGCCUCUCCUGAAGAAUUUUUUGAGGUUGAGGAGAUCUUCAGUAAUGUAAUGGAUGGGCAGGAAGUCAAGGGGUCCAAUGAUCCUCAAGUGGUCAAUCGUGUAGACCGUAAAGAAGAAUGGAAAGAGGACAUGGAUCCUCCUGCAUUCCAAGAUUGUGCAUCUGACGAUGGAAAUCUUAAGCAUGAUAAGAAAUCAGAUUUUGAUGCAGUGAAGGACAUUACUGUGGAUGAUGUGAAGUACAAACUGGAUGAAAAUAUAUACUCUGAUCUUAAUACAGUUAAGGACAUUGCUGUGGAUGAUGGGGAUAUCAAGUCGAAUUACUUAUUGGUUGCUGCUAAUGUCCUGACUCAUGCGAAAGCCCAGGGGUUGGUAGAUGAUGCUUGUGAGAAAUUUGAAGAUAUGGAAGAAAAGGACGAUGGAAGAGAUACCACACCUGAGAAGUUGGACAACAGAGUUCUACAGAAAAAGUUGAGUGCUGAUGGCUCUAGACAAAAAUCUGAAAGAUUGCAAACACCAAUCCCCAAGAAACAGCCUACUUCAACUGCAAAACUGACCGCAGAUAUGGGUUUAGCCAAACAGAAAGUCAAACAACAAGAGACUCAAGGUUUUUCUGCCAAACAAGCAAAGCCAAAUGCAGUUUCUAGGUGGAUCCCUCCUAAUAAAGGCUCUUAUAUGAAUUCUAUGCAUGUUUCCUAUCCGCCUUCAAGAUAUAACAGUGCCCCGGCUGCUUUGGCAAGUAUUGCACAAUCAAAAGAUAUAAAUUCAAAUUCCAAAACAAAGGCUGCUGCCAACCUUGAUUCUCUGGUUGCUACUGAUGCUUUUAGUGAACGGAAAAAUUAUAAAGUGGAUUCUGUAAGUCCUUCAUACUCUGCACCUGGGGAACUCAUGCUUGGCCCACCAUCUCCUGUUGAGCCAAUCCAGGAGGCAUAUUCUUCCUCUCAAACUCUAAAACCAUCACAUAGUGGUGAUCCACAAUUUGAAAUACCGCCUCCACCCUUGCCCUCACAGCCUCCAUCUCCAUUACCACCUCCCCCUCCUGGAGGUCGUGCUCCAGGACCUCCCACCCCUCCUGGACCUCCAGGUGGUGGACCUCCUCCUCCUCCACCACUAGGUGCAAAAGGAGCAAGUGCGCCACCAGACCCAAGAGGUUUGUCUGCUGGAAGAGGGCGUGGGCUAUCACGCUCAAGUACUACAGCACCUCGAAGGUCUUCCUUAAAGCCUCUACAUUGGAGCAAAGUAACAAGGGCUCUGCAAGGGAGCUUGUGGGAAGAACUGCAAAGAUUUGGCGAGCCUCAAAUUGCACCAGAGUUUGAUGUGUCCGAGAUAGAGACACUCUUUUCUGCAACUGUUCCCAAACCUGCUGAUAAAUCUGGAGGGCGAAGGAAGUCUGCUGGAUCCAAAACUGAUAAAGUUCACCUGAUUGACCUCAGGAGAGCAAACAAUACUGAAAUUAUGCUCACGAAAGUAAAGAUGCCACUUGCUGAUAUGAUGGCUGCAGUACUGGCAAUGGACGAGUCAGUAUUAGAUGUUGAUCAGGUGGAAAACCUCAUAAAGUUUUGUCCUACAAAGGAGGAGAUGGAACUUCUUAAGGGAUACACUGGUGAUAAGGAAAACCUUGGAAAGUGUGAACAGUAUUUUUUGGAGCUGAUGAAAGUGCCUCGAGUAGAGUCGAAGUUGAGAGUAUUUUCAUUCAAGAUUCAGUUCCGCGCUCAGAUAUCAGAAUUUAAGAAGGGUUUAAACACAGUCAACUCUGCAUGUGAUCAGGUUAGGAAUUCUGCCAAACUGAAGGAGAUUAUGAAGAAAAUUCUUUACCUGGGGAAUACACUGAAUCAAGGAACAGCAAGGGGUUCUGCAGUAGGCUUCAAGUUGGAUAGCCUUCUAAAGCUUGCUGAUACACGUGCUUCUAAUAAUAAGAUGACUCUCAUGCAUUAUCUUUGCAAGGUCCUGGCUUCAAAGACACCAGCUCUUCUUAAUUUUCAUUUGGACCUGAGUAGCCUUGAGGCAGCAACCAAGAUACAAUUGAAGUCCUUAGCAGAAGAAAUGCAAGCUAUAAUUAAGGGGUUAGAAAAGGUCAAGCAGGAGCUUGUUGCUUCUGAAAGUGAUGGCCCAGUUUCUGAAAUUUUUCGCAAGACGCUGAAAGAAUUCAUUUCUCAUACUGAGACAGAGGUGGCAACGGUGACAAAUCUUUAUUCUGUUGUGGGUAGAAAUGCAGAUGCACUUGCUCUAUAUUUUGGUGAGGACCCGGCUCGCUGUCCAUUUGAGCAGGUUACAGUGACACUAUUGAACUUUGUGAGAUUAUUUCGCAAAGCGCAUGAAGAGAAUUGCAAACAGGCUGAAUUGGAAAAGAAAAAAGCCGUGAAGGAUGCUGAGAUGGAGAAUGCCAAAGGAAUUAACCUCACGAAGAAGAGUGUGAAAUAGGUGAUACGAGUUCUCCUUACCCUAGUAUGAGAGGUUGAGCUCUCGUCCUUCCUUGACGACUCGGUUGUCACCUCACGGCCAAGGGGAAACAUGCCGCAUGACCAGCUCCAAAGUGCAUCAAUUGAUUUUUUCUGCACUGCCAAAACCUUGAACGUGGAUAUGAAACAAACUGGCUGUUUAUUGAUGAUGCCUGCAGAACUUUGAGUGGGCCCAAGUGUUUAUUUGUACAUAUUUGAUGACCGGCUGCUGCUUGAACCUACAAAAUCGCGCCCCAACUCAACUGCUGAUCUUGAAUACACAGAUCAAUCUCGGAGACAUAUUUUUCUCUGCGCUGGUAGCUGAAAUUCUGAUAUGGGUUUGGCUCCUCCGGCAGAAUUUUUCGGAAGAGUAUUUUCAGUACUAGAUCAGUCAUUUGAUUACAGUAGGUGAUUUGGUUUCGGCUUUGACAACGCAUGCAUUUGGCAUAAAUUUUUUGGGCAGAGAACAAAUGCGUCGAAAUUGCAUCUUUUCAAGUCCAGCCGGAGCACGAAACCGUGUACAGAUCUUCUCUAACCAUUCCAUACCAUUAGAAUGUAAAAUUUUUCUUUUGUUUGUUGUAACAUGAAAAUAGUAUUUUUUUUUUUUACUCCCUCUUAUUUGUAGAUUUUUUGACUGAAACCCGUCAUAGAAGGUGUUGUAUAGUGCAGAUUCAGAGUAAUUAGAAGACGGGUUUGCUCACCACUUGUAACUGUAACAUAAAUCAAAAAUAUAGGCUACGGUUUGAAAUCCCUCGUUUCUCCCAUUCUGAUUCCUCAAUUGAAAAUUCACUUAUUAAUGAAAUCUCAUCCGUUUUAUCCU